AUGGGUUUUACACUUUCGGAACUUUGGAUGUUAUUAGGAUGUCUUCUAAUGAUUGGUUUAGUAAUGUACGACUUUUUGGAAUGGACAACAUUAAUGACAAUUGGAAGCAACAUAUCAAUGAAUUCUUCACCAUCCGACAUAACCAUAAGCACAACAUCCAGACUUGAUGAAUGGGAAAGUAAAAAUCCAGUUAUCAAACAAGAAAUUAUUGUUGAGGAAACAAAUCAAUUUCCGAUUGAUAUAGCAACUCGUCGAGUUACAGUUAUAGAAAUUAGCGAGCCAGGAGUACGGCCGUGUAUUGCAGGCGGGCCAUUGAAGGGCUCGUAUCACUUAAAUUCAAUAGUCUUCAAUUGGGGAUUAUCCGAUGAUAAUGGCAGCAAACAUUCCAUAAACCGUACGCAGUUUCCACUUGAAAUGCAAUUGAUUCACCUCAAAUCUGAACAUGAGAGUCUUGAAGAUGCAAUUCUGUCGAAAAAUAGAGAAUCCGUCGCAGUUGUUUCUUUUUUAUUUGAGCCGACAGAUAAUGACAACAAUACCUUGGAUCCGAUAAUAGCAAAUUUAUCACGUGUCACCAACACAAACACAAAAGUCUACGUCCCGCCAUUCUACCUCGACACCCUAUUUCCAUUAUUUGAAAGCAAAUUCUACAGCUACAAUGGAUCGUUAACGCAGCCUCCGUACUCUGAAAUAGUGACAUGGAUUAUCCAAUCAAAACUGCUCUUCGUAUCUUCGUUACAAGUAAUUGUCAUCAGCAAUUUUUACAAGCUAUUUUCUCAUCAUACCCUUUCACUAAUUCAAAUGUGCGUUCCAGAUGAUCCAAUUUCGCAAAGUUCAAUCAUACAUUCAAAUAAUUUGUAA